AUGAAGUGGAGUGUCCGGGGAGCCUGCGCCGCGCUCUCCAGCUGCCUCCUGCUCGCCUGCGCGCUGAGCGCCGCCGCCGUGGGCCUCAAGUGCUUUUCGCUGGGCUCCGAACUCAAGGGGGAGCCGUUCCGCCUGGGCACAGCGGCCGGCGCCUUCUACUCGGGGCUCCUGCUGACCGCCGGGCUCUCCCUCUUGGGCUCCGCGCUCUUCUGCUGCCGCCCGCCGGACGACGAAGGGGCCGGCGGAGCGGCGCACCGCCAAGGGCACGCGGCGAGCGAAGGCGCGGUGGUGCCGGUCGCCGGAGACGCUCAGCCUCAGUCCCAGCCGCUGCCCAAGGCGCCCCCCGGCGGGCGACAGAACUUCCUCCUGCUGGGGGUCCUGGUUUUCAUGCUGGGGGUGCUGAGCGCCUUCGCCGGGGCCGUCAUCGACGGCGAUACGGUGUCGCUGGUGGAGAAGAAGUACUCGCACUACUGCCUCCUACAGGUUGGAGGAGGAGGGUCGUCGGCUCGGCCGCGGCCUGCGGGGGGCCCCGACGGCUCGGGGACGACGCUGUUGCUGCGCUGCCAGAAGCUGCGGGACUAUCAGCGCGGCUUGGUCAUCUCCACCAUCUUCAACGCCCUCGAGUGCCUGCUGGGGCUGCUCAACCUGCUCUUGGUCAAGAACUACAAAGCGGCGCAGCAGCGGGGCCUGCGCCGACGGCGGCGCUGCCGGCAGGAGCAGCGCCUCGCGGGCGGCCGUCGGAGGCGACGGAGGGGGGCCGGCGGCGGCGGGGGAAGUGGCGGCGGCCCGGGCGGCUCUGGUGGCGGGCGGCGGCCUCAACGCCAAAGCCAAGGCUCCAUCUUCUCCAGCGAGGACCCGGAUCUGUCCCCGGGGGGCGAUUGCGCCUUCCAGGCCGUCUCCUACAUCAACGUCGGCGUCUUCCACGUCUUCGACGAGGCCGGGGUGGAGGUACACUGUGGCGGCCACCCUUCCAUCGAGUUGCCUGGGUAUUCGCCCAUGGACCCCGAGCUCAAUGCCUCCUACCCCUACUGCUACCCGCUGCCCAAUGAGCAGCCUCCUGCCUACGAAGACAUCUAUCCCAGGGAGCUCUGUGCCAACCGCGUCUAG